AUAUACACAAGUAGCGCCAAAUAUAGGUCGUUGACCAACACACAAAACAUAUAUUAUUUGUAUACAGUGAUUGAUUACAUCUCCAAUCUAUAAACCCUACCUUCUCUCACUAAUAUCAAUUCAUUUACGCCGCACCCUUAUUCAAUUCCACUCUUUCUUUUCACAAUUCAAUUCACUUCAUUCAUUAAUCUUCUAUUAAUUACAGCUGGAUCACAAACUUCGAUAUAAGAUUUCAAGUUGUUGAAGAUGAUGGCAACUGAACAACACAAGUCAAGUGUUCUUGCAAAGUUAAUGAGUUUUGACGCGUUACCGCCACGUCAGCAGCAGCAGCAGACGGUUUAUAGGCGACAAGAAGUGUUUUAUGACAACUAUAUGCAGAGAGUUGCUUCUAUUGGUUCAGAUGAGAAGAGAUCAAGAUCAAGAUUAAGAACAAGUAGGGAAAAGCCGAAAAUUAAGAAGAAGAUAAAUAAAGAUUCUUGUAAUGGUAUGCAGGGUUUGAAAUCACCGGUUGUUGAUCAUCAAACAAGAAAAAAUGAUUUGGGUGCAAAGAGUUUGGUGUUGUUGAGACCGAAUUUAGGGAGUGUUAAGCGAGAAUCUAAACCGUUGUUUUUAGUUGAUUCUCAUAGUGGAUGGGAGUUUAAGAAGCAGCUUUUAGAACGAUCGAAAAGAACAAAAGUUUGUCAAGAAAUUUGGUCUACUAAACUUGGUGGAAUGUCUUCUGUGGUGGAUCUUGAAUCGAAGGAAAGAUCAGAGUUGGGAACACGAGUUGUUACUAGCAACUAUGAUGGUUGGAAAGAUAAAUCCGUUACAAAAUUACCGAUAUUGAAAAAGUUUAAUAAAUCAUCUAGAGGCAACACGAAGCUCAAGAAUGCGACGAAAGGUGAUUUGAGAUUGAGCUCUGUGGGUCGCGAUAAAAACGCGUCUACAAACUCUCGGGCUGCUGAGCUGUCUUGUUCUUUUGAUGUUUCAUUUGUAAAGGAAUUGCGAUGUGAAGAGGGAUUUACGCCUUUAAGUUGCAUAGACGUUAAUGAUGAACUCAUAAGGAGCACGGGUGAAGCUUAUCAGGCUAGUCCGAAUUCAGUUUUGGAACCGGACAAUUCGUCAAGCUCUGAAAAUGGUGAGAGUGUUUGCGCCGAUCUUAAUGGUUUAUGGAUGAAACUUCAAAUUCUAAAGUCAGAAUCGGAAGAAAACGAGUCUAAUAAUUCCGAAUCGGUUGUUUUAAGCAAUGAAGAUGCUACUGAAAGAUCUGUUUCUGUUGGUCAAAACACAAAGCCUGUUAGAUGCUUAGGCCCAAAAGAAAGUCAACACUUUUCGUACCUAGUCAACGUGCUAAACGAAAUUGGAUUUCAUGGUGACAAUAUGGAGUUAGAUUUUGAAACAUGCAUGACAAGCCCUACAAUAUUCAAAACAUUAGAGAGGAAAUACGAGAACCAGAAGUCAUGGAGUAAAGCCGAUAGACGGCUCUUGUUUGACCGUAUAAACAUAGGGUUGACCGAGGUUGUUUGGUCAAAGUCUUUGAGGAGAAAAAUGAGUAAUGUUUUGCAGAGGGAUGUGGUUGAGGAAGAACUCUGGAAUAUGCUUCUUAGUCAAGAAAGCGAAGUCAACGUUGACUUAACUAAGAGUUCGGUUUGGGAAGAAGCGUGGUUAGAGUUGCGGGAUGAAGUGGAUUCUAUUGUUGUAGAGAUUGAAGCCUUUUUAUUUAAUGAGUUUGCAGCAGAGUUGGUUGCCGUUUGAUGAACGUUUUCAUUCUUUUUGUAAAAGUAGGUAAUGAGCCGGGUACUUGGGCUCACGGUUUUGUUGAGCCAUGGUUUAGCGUGGUUCGCAUAUAUAGGAUGUGGUUAUAGAGAUUGGUUUGCUUGUAAUAUAAGGUUGUAUAUCAAUAGAUAUGAUUGUUAUUUUUUAGAUAUGAUUGAAUAAAAGUGAAGUUUGGUUUGCCUGACUUAA